AGGCCCUAUAGGGAUCAGCAGAGGGCCCCUCUCUGGCUGCAAGCAGUGAGUGGUUUAUGUGUGGGCUGCUCAAGCCAGGGGGUUGCUUGCAGGCCUCAUUGUCUGUCUCUUCCUUCUUCACUGAUCUUUCUCCCCAGAAAAUGCUUGGCCUUCAAGUCAACCUCAGCCCGCUGCUGGAGCCACUUGGCUUCAUUAAGGUCCUUGAGUGGAUUUUUUCCAUCUUUAUUUUUGCCACCUGUGGAGUUUAUAAAGGUACAACUACAAUUUUAGUUUCUUGUAAAGGUGUUGUGAACAAAACAGUUACAGCUGCUUUUGCUUAUCCAUUCAGGUUGAAUACAGCUGUGUUUAGUGCACCAGAUCCGACACGAUGCAGUGGCACUUGGACUGACUUUCACCUUGUGGGCAACUUCUCCUCUUCUGCACAGUUCUUUGUUACUUUUGCAGUCUUGGUAUUCCUUUACUGUAUUGCUGCCCUUGUACUAUAUGUUGGGUACAUGCACCUGUAUCGGAACACUGGCAAAAUCCCAUUGAUUGACUUGGUUAUUACUGUCAUGGCUGCUUUUCUGUGGCUGGUCAGCACUUCAGCCUGGGCUAAGGCACUUACUGAUAUAAAAAUAUCCACUGGUCCCAGCAUUGUUCAGGAAACUGCAUCUUGCAAAUUACCAGGAGUAACUUGUUUGUUUGCCUCUGUUACCAGCAUGGGAACUCUGAAUCUGUCUGUGGUUUUUGGAUUACUUAACAUGAUUCUGUGGGGAGGAAAUGCUUGGUUUGUAUACAAGGAGACCAGCUUGCAUAACCCAUCAAACUCCACUCCCCAAAGCUCAGGAAUCUAUCCACCAACAACAGGAAUAUAAUUAGUAAGCUGAUGAGGAUACUUCAUAAAGAGCAUCCAUUUUGCAUCCUACUGCCAACAACUUGGCGUCACUGCAGUUUAUUUUUGUAGUAACUAAUAGUUUAAACAAAUUAAUGCUUUCUACUUAAAGCAUGUCUCACAGAAAUAUGGAUGUAAAUUUUCAAGCAUCUUACACUGAAAUAUAUUAUGACUCUAAAA